AUGCUUGCUGACUUCUUCGCUUUUAAAGGUUCUGUAGAGGGAGUUGAUCUAUUUUUCCCUCCAUUUUCAGCAAUUUCCGAUUAUUUUGACGAAAACGAAUUAAAAUUUCACUUCAAUCUCCCACUAGUAGGUAAAUAUCAAGGUGAGCUCAUGUGUUGGAAUAAGAAUAAAUAUAAAAAUGCCGAAUUGCUCAGCUUGAUUGAUUUCAACCAAACUUUAUAUAGAAAAAAUAUUAACUUUACAACAACAGAUUUUUUACCUCACUCAAGAUCCUCGCAAUUAAAAUGUCAUGGGAAGAAUGCUGAAGAAAGAUGGUGUGAAGCCAGAAGAAUUGCUUUAGUUCAAGGCCAUAUUUUAUUUUCAAAUGAAGCACUUUUAACUUUUCCUCCAUUUUAUUUUAAUGGAAGAGGAAGAUGCCUUCCAUUCAGGCAGCAAAGAAAUAUAAUGAGUGGCGAACCUUUCUUGACAAGAAGAUCUUUAGAUGAAAUCGCUUAUGAUGCAACUAAUGAUGAUGAAAUAAUAAUUCUUAGUUCUGGAACUGAAGAGAAUUUUAAUUACGAUUUUAUCGUUAGUUCUUUGCUCCCACUUUACACAACUCUUAAUAGAUUAGACGUUAAUAAGACAAAGAAGCUGUACGUAAUGGAAAACCUCUCAAAGUUUGAUACAAAAAUAUUCAAAAAUAUUUUGAAGGCGUUACCCCAAAAAGUGCCAGUUUCUGACGUUCCUGCUCUACUUAAGAAUGCUGUUAUAGGGUUGGUUAAAGGAGAUAAAAAAUGUGAACCAUCUCGUCAUGAUAAUGAAAGAUUCAAUGAAGAUGUUUUGUGGUAUCAAAAAGAUGACAUUAAAGAUAUGAGAGAUUUAUAUAUCAAUAAAGAUUAUGAUCGAAAGAAAAGACCCAAGAUUAAUGUUGCUGUUUCAAAAAGCCUGGAUAUGAACUUUGCUGCAAUUUCUUCUGCAAUUAAUAGUAGAGAUAUGAACUACAAUAUAUAUUCUUUUAAAUGCAAGGAAAAUGAUUAUAAUUGUAUUGAAAAAGAAGCUGAAACAAUUGAUAUUUUUAUAACUACUCCUAAUCAUGGAAGCGAAUUGAUGUUAUUCAUGCCUAAGAAUUCUGUUUUCUUAGAUGUUGCACACGAAAAAUAUGUUGAUAAUAGAAAUGAAGUUUUAGCACAUUAUUUUGAUAUCAAAUAUUACAAAUUCAGUGUUAAAGGUGUUCCAGAUCUUCAACAAUUAAAGUUCGAUGAUUUCUUAGAAUGUUAUCAACUAGAGAGGUUUGCAAAAACAGACAAUUGUAGAAAGUUUAUACCGGCUAUUCCAAUUUUUGUUGAUCAAGAUGAAUUCAAAGAAUUCUGGGUAUCAAAUGAGAAAGAAAUGUUAGAUUAG